AUCCUCUGGCCCCGGAGCUGCUGCUGCUGCUGCUGCUGCUGCUUUUGCUUUUGGGGCUGAGUUUAAUAAGCAAGCGAGCGAGCGAGAGAGCGCGGGGUGGGGUGGGGGCAAAGGCAGAGCAUGUCCGCCAUCUACCCUCCGCUCCCGGGCGCGCUCUCAUUCAUAGCAGCCUCUUCAUGAAUUACAGCUGAAGGGGGCGGGGGAGGGGGGGGGGGUACCACACAACACCCCGGCAAACCUCCGGGCCCCCAGGCAUGGCUAGCUCGUGUGCCGUGCAGGUGAAGCUGGAGCUGGGGCACCGCGCCCAGGUGAGGAAGAAACCCACGGUGGAGGGCUUCACCCACGACUGGAUGGUGUUCGUGCGCGGCCCGGAGCACAGUAACAUUCAGCACUUUGUGGAGAAAGUCGUCUUCCACUUGCACGAAAGCUUCCCUAGGCCAAAAAGAGUGUGCAAAGAUCCACCUUACAAAGUAGAAGAGUCUGGGUAUGCUGGUUUCAUAUUGCCAAUUGAGGUUUAUUUUAAAAACAAGGAAGAACCUAAGAAAGUCCGCUUUGAUUAUGACUUAUUCCUGCAUCUUGAAGGCCACCCACCAGUGAAUCACCUCCGCUGUGAGAAGCUUACUUUCAAUAACCCCACAGAAGACUUCAGAAGAAAGUUGCUGAAGGCAGGAGGGGACCCUAACAGGAGCAUUCAUACCAGCAGCAGCAGCAGCAGCAGCAGUAGCAGCAGCAGCAGCAGCAGCAGUAGCAGCAGCAGCAGCAGCAGCAGCAGCAGUAGUAGCAGCAGCAGCAGCAGCAGUAGCAGCAGCAGCAGCAGCAGCAGUAGUACCAGUUUUUCAAAGCCUCACAAAUUAAUGAAGGAGCACAAGGAAAAACCUUCUAAAGACUCCAGAGAACAUAAAAGUGCCUUCAAAGAACCUUCCAGGGAUCACAACAAAUCUUCCAAAGACUCCUCCAAGAAACCCAAAGAAAACAAGCCACUGAAAGAAGAAAAAAUAGUUCCUAAAAUGGCCUUCAAGGAACCUAAACCCAUGUCAAAAGAGCCAAAAGCAGACAGUAACUUACUCACCAUCACCAGUGGACAGCAGGAUAAGAAGGCUCCCAGUAAAAGGCCCCCCAUUUCCGAUUCUGAAGAACUCUCAGCCAAGAAAAGGAAAAAGAGCAGUUCAGAGGCUGUAUUUAAAAGUUUUUCUAGUGCCCCACCACUGAUACUCACUUGUUCUGCCGACAAAAAACAGAUCAAAGAGAAGCCUCAUGUCAAGAUGGGAAAGGUCAAAAUUGAGAGUGAGACGUCAGAGAAGAAGAAGUCGACAUUGCCGCCGUUUGAUGAUAUUGUGGAUCCCAACGACUCAGACGUGGAGGAGAACAUGUCCUCAAAAUCUGACUCAGAGCAACCCAGCCCUGCCAGCUCCAGCUCCAGCUCCAGCUCCAGCUUCACACCAUCCCAGACCAGGCAACAAGGUCCUUUGAGGUCUAUCAUGAAAGAUCUGCACUCUGAUGACAACGAGGAAGAGUCUGACGAGGCAGAGGAUAAUGACAAUGACUCUGAGAUGGAAAGACCUGUAAAUAGAGGAGGAAGCCGAAGCCGCAGGGUCAGCUUGAGUGACGGCAGCGACAGUGAAAGCAGCUCCGCCUCUUCACCCCUCCAUCAUGAACCCCCGCCGCCAUUAUUGAAAACUAACAACAACCAGAUUCUUGAAGUGAAAAGUCCAAUCAAACAAAGCAAAUCAGAUAAGCAAAUAAAGAAUGGUGAAUGUGACAAGGCAUACCUAGAUGAGUUGGUAGAACUCCACAGAAGGCUAAUGACACUGAGGGAAAGACACAUUCUGCAGCAGAUCGUGAACCUUAUAGAAGAAACUGGACACUUUCAUAUUACAAAUACAACAUUUGAUUUUGAUCUUUGCUCGCUGGACAAAACUACAGUCCGUAAAUUACAGAGUUACCUGGAAACAUCUGGAACAUCCUGAGGAUACAACAACUGGAUGCAUCAAAAACUAUUUUUUUUGGUUGUGAUUUUUUGUUGUUGUUGUUGUUUAUAUGAAAACACUCAGAAUGAUACAACCAAAAGGGAAAAAAAAUAAAAAUCAAACAACCUUCAGCUUUAUUUUUCUUUAAAGCCAGUCAUCAUCUCUUGAUAAAGGAGAGGUUACGCAAACCAGCCUCAGAGGACGCACCUCUCCAAGGAAAUCCCAGGAAGAGUUAGCCUGGCUAGCCUUGAAAACACGCAGACGCAACACAAGAAAACUUAAGGAAUGUGUAUGGUACCAUGGACCUUUCUGUGGUGGUUCAUUCCACAGGACGAAUGCAUAUUCAACACACUGCCUUAUUACAUAACUGAUCUAUUUAUUACCACAUACAGAUAAAAUUGUGAGGGGAUGACACCACCAGACAUUCUCAGUACUUGGUCCCAUGGAUGUUCUUUCAAUGCAGCAGCGCCCUUGCCGUCCCAAGCCCAGUGACCUUACUCAAAUACCGUGCCACUCUCCACCAACUUUCUCCAAGUCCUUUAACUUGUUGCAGUCUAUGUUUUUCACCUUUGUUUUUUCCAGUUCCAGGACACAGUUGUCCCCUGGGGGGUGGGGGGGGCGGACCAAAUAGCCACCUUGAUUUUCUUCCUUGUGGUCUUUUUUCCUAAACGUUGAGGCCCCAGUCCUUGGCUGUAUCCAUGUAAUGAUCUUGGACGUGGUAGAUGUACCAAAUAGGAUCAUUUGAAUUGCUGUCUAGCCUUAGUCAAUAAACCUGUAGGACUUUGAACGAAAGUGUACCUGUACUGUCCACGGUCCAGCACUGUUGAGCUGUCACUAACACUCACGUGUUUCUUUUACUGCUGCGGUGUUAGGUGAGUAUGGAAGUAAAGGCAUUCCACAGAGUCAUCGUCGUCAAAGGGAUUCUGGUCCUGCUGUCUAAAACAGCAGUGCAGACUUUCUUCAUUUGGACCUAUUUAUUAGUGAGCAUUUCACCUGUCUACAGCUGCCAGGGUGGUACUCAUGAAAACAAAACAAAGACAGGAAUCAGAGUUUUGGGGUUUUCUUUUGUUUUUCGUUUGUUCUCAUCUGAUUCUCUUAGGCUCUUUUAUGUUUGAAAAAUUAAAACCUUUCUUUGGGGGAAAUUCUCGGUUAUUCUUCCAUGACAGACAAUGUAUUAACUUGUAGAUUGGUAUCUGUUUAGUCUCUUGCUGAUGUUUCCUGAAGGACUUCCUGUAUAGGUGAAGGUAAAGGUGGUCGGGAUGGGGGAGAGUCUUGUCCUUGUUGUUCCUUUGUUUUGAAAUUAGAAGUCUGUCCUGUGGCAUGCAGAAGAAGGCAAACUAUUUUCAAAAGAAAAAGAAAAAAAAAAGUACUUUGGGUGUCGUUAUUCUACACUCCCUGCAGUGGAGGAAUCCCAAGUUAGAGCAGCCAACCUUCCAUGUUGUUACCAGAACUCAGCUGAAAAGAACAGAAAUGAAGAACUACUUCUGGAUCCAAAGGUUCGCCACUGGAUCAGCCUUAAGAAAGUCUCUAUGUGUGCUAACAGCCUAGUGUCCCCCACAUUUGUUCCCACGACAGAUGCUGUCCUUUCAUGCAGAGAUUAACUAGUGUCUGCACAGAAAAUGGUCUUCCCAGACCCGUUCUUUCAGGCGGUAAUGUAAAUGCAGAUUAAUAAUGGAGCGAUUUCUGCAUUUUAAAAAGGAGAUUUUUUUACACUGUUUCUUUCUAUCCAAAGAAACUAUUUUUUUUCUUUUUUUAAAAAAAAUGAUAAAACAGCCAUGGUCUUUGUAAAUCGCUUUCCUGCAGUGUCCUCCUAGAGGACAAGUGUAUAAAAUUUCAAGAAUGUUAUGAUUCCUCAUGAUGAUUGGCAUGAGUUGUACUUGAAGCAUUUGGUGUGUAGUCCACUUUUUGGUGUACAGUUGCAUAGAUAUGUACCACGUCAUUUUGGACAGUAGGUGGUUGAUGAACUCUGUGGUUUUAGUUGUGUUUUAUUUCUGACUUCACAGGUGACAAGAAAAACAAUGUUUUCAACAUUCAUAAAUCUUUUCCAGUUUCUAACUGCAAAAUCCACAUAUUCUCAUUAAACUAGAAAAGUAAGUGGUUUAACUAAUGUAUCUGUAUAAUUUAACUAGAAACAUACAUAUGCAGUUUGGGCCACUUUUAUUUUUCUAACCAAAUUAUGUGGUGAAAUAUGAUUUGGCUUUUUUUGUUGUUCCUAAAGUUACGGAGGAACUAAGAUAAAAAAAAAAAAAUUACCCCACCACCUGAUGCCCAAAGAAAUAAAAUUUAAAGGGGUGGGAGUAAGAAGAAAGGCAGCUAUUGUAAUGACAUUAGAGCUAGAACAUUAGCUAAUGCAGAUGUCUUCAGAAUAUCAUGAAAUGUGAGUUUGUACAUGGAUAACGAAAUUCAGAACAACUUCUUCCCAACUUGUUACCCAGACAGCAGAAUGAAUUUCCUGUAAAAGUCUGGCAGAUUAAGAGUCAUGCUGUAGAAUUAGUCUUCUUUGGAAUGGUCCUCCUGCUCUUGGUAUAUGAUUUGAAAAAACAGAAGUAAUGAGUCCCAUUCAACUUAUCUCAAAGAGGUGCCACGCAUCUCCAGAAGCAGACCACUCCAUUCUGCCACAUCUGUGUACACUCACUUUGGAACACUGUUAAGAAUAUUUUGACACAUGUGUACCCUAACAGUGGCUUUGGUCUUUUAAGCACAAAGGGCAAAUGGCAGGGUUUAAUUUCAUAUAUAUGUAUAUAUAUAUAUAUAUAUAUAUAUAUAUAUAUAUAUAUAUAUAUAUAUAUAUGUUUCAAAUAAAAUUAAUUGGGUGAAUGUGAAUAUGGUUCGAACCAACAAGAGUAUGAUAAACUAUCAUUACUUUUUUUCUCUUGUGAUUUGAGGAGGAAAAAACUGUACAGAUCCCACACACGCAUGCACUUAUAAAUUAGUUUUUGACUUUUGAUUUGCAACAGGUGUGUGUGCGUAUGAGGGGGGCUUCUCCUAUCUUAGGAUACACCAAUCAUGUUAGCAGCAAAAGUGUAUACAGUUACUUCAUAUCAUCACCAUAGUCUGCCCCCUCUCUUAGGUAACAAAGAUAUAUAUCUGUGUCAAAAUUAGGAAAAGCAUAAAAGUUAUGAAUCAGGAGAUGGCUUUAGAUAAAUUAAAAAAAAUUGGUAAGCGAACCUCUGAUCUGAAUAAUUACCUGAUUUGUGGAAAUAGCCAAUAAAUUUGUUUUUUUUUAAUUUUUCUUUUAUCAAAAGCAAUUGUUGCUGGUACUUUUUGCAGGUAUACCAACCUAAACUUAAAAACAACAACAAUUAUUAGGUCUGCAUAACAUCCCAUUUACCAUUUCAAACCCUACAAAUGUAGUUACACACUUAUUUAAGAGCGAUUUUACUCUUAAAUGCUUUAACUCUACCUAUGUAAUGAGUUGGUUGUUCAGUGUUGAAUUGGUCAAUGUCUGUGCUUGGUGGCUUGUGUUCAUUUUUCUCUCUGUGAAAGUGGUCAGCUCUAGAGUAAUUUGCUGUAUGCUUAUUACUUUCCACCUUUAGCGUUUUGUGUACUAAUGCUAUGUAUUCCUAUAUUUAUAUAUAUACAUAUAUUAUCAGAAUAAUCUUGCUUUGGACUGUUGCUCUCAAACUAUGACUACAGCUGCAAAGAAUGUGGCGGAAUCAAUUCCCACGGUGUAGGUUAGUCUUGGGCUGGAAGUCUACAUCUUUCAACCUCCUCUGUUUCAUAUGAUGCUUUUCAUUAUGUAGGCACCGCCAUCCUGAAUAUUCCUUGUAAAGAUGCAGUCAAUUUCAAAGGAAGACAAAGCCACUGCUGUCUGUAAACUGUAAAUAUGUAUUUUGGCACUUGUACUCCAGUAUUCUGAAAACAAAGUUAUGAUGGAAAUGCUGACAGAUCUUUGAUGGUGGCCAGUGCUACCCUUCAGUGCAAAAAUAAAUUAAGUAAAAAUGUAUUCUGAGAUUAGCAGUGCAAGGCCAACAUGUUUUACAAAUCUGUCAGUAUCUUUCUAAUGGAGUGUGUAUGUGUAGUUAUGUUGAAAGAUACAUUGUGUAUGUGUGUACAUGCUUUUAUGUGAACUACAAGGCACACAAAAGAUGUAUUUCCCAUCUCUAAAUCCCAUGUUGAAAUGUUAAGUGCAGAUGGACAGAAAUAGGUGUUUUACUUAAAUUCAUACCUAAUCUA